CGAACGUGUAGGUUACAAUUGGCAUCAGUCCUCAAGUUUCAUUACACGGCAGCUAUUUCAAGAUAAAAUCCAAAGGUAUUAACUUUCUAGGCAUCAUGCGAAGCAGCAUUUCCCAGUUUGUUACUCUUCUUUCACUGACAGUUUUCUACUUAGUAGUCAUCGGAUUUAAUGGAAUCUUGGCAGAAGAAUAUGCCAACCUGAGAAAAAUGGAAGUUGAACAUCGGCGUAAUCUUUUGGGAAACCUCACCGAGACGCGCGAUCAUUACAGUGGACAUGGUUCACAUGGAUAUAAUAGGGGACCUUAUUCAUCAACAUCACAAGACAAAUAUAAGAGACCUAAGCCAGACUAUUUAGCACCAAAACCACAAUCUAAACCAUCAACGUCGUCACAUUUACCGUACAAAGCUUUGAAUCAAGCUCCGGCUUAUAAAGCACCAUCUUACACUCCCCCAGCCUACAAUCCAGUAGCAUACAGCCAACCUGCUUACAGUCCUCCAACUAACAAACCUCCAGCCUCCAGUUCGCCAGCUUACAGUGCUCCAGUAUACAAUUCACCAACUUACAGUCCUCCUGCUUAUAACCCACCUGCAUACAGUUCUCCAACCUACACUCCGAAAGGUGUUGAAUCUCCUGCUUACACAGAAUCACCAGGUAACAAAUCACCAGCCUAUCCUUCCUCAGCAUACAGCGAGGCCCCAGCAUCAGAGCCUGAAUAUCCUUAUCAAAACAUUCCAGAAAAAAAUAAUGGUGUCAGGAAGGGAAUUUUUCAUAACAGUGAUUUCCCAAAGUUUGAUGACUUUGUUCAACAUGUUGAGAGCAUCAAAUUUGAUCAAUUUAAAAUUUAGGUUAUGAAUUAACUAUUGCCUAUAUUUAUGCAUUACAUAGCAAGUUGAAGCAAAAAU